GCGAGCGAAUGUGCGAGGGGAGGGAGGCGUCCCGGCGGAGCGUGGUACUACGACCAGCGCCGGCCGGAGGGGGCGGGGGGAUGCGCCGCGGCGGCGGCGGCGGUGGCGGCGGCGGCGGCGCGGGCGCUGGGGCUGGUGUUUGGCGGCGCCAGAGCAGCGGAUCCCGGUCUCGCCGCAGCAGCAGCGCGGGUGUCGUGCACCGCCUGAAGACGCCGUACCUUUCUACCCCCCACUUUUUUUUUUUUUUUAAAUAACCGGAACCAAUGAACGCAGCCGGGAUCAGAGCUCCGGAGGCCGCCGGUGCCGACGGGACCAGGCUGGUGCCCGGCGGGAGUCCGCGACUGAGGCGGCGGGGGCGGCCGGAGGAGUUGCCGGCGGCGGUGGCGGCGCUUCGGGGAGCGGGCGAGCGGCGAGCGGCCGGGGCGCAGCUGCGCUUUCACCCGGCUCCUCCUCGGCGCCCUCAUCCCGCCUCGACUCCCGGCCCAGCCUGGGGCUGGCUGCGGCGGCGGCGCUGGGCUGCGUUGCUGGUGCUCGGGCUGCUGGUAGCCGGAGCGGCGGACGGAUGCGAGCUUGUACCCCGGCACCUCCGCGGGCGGCGGGCGACAGGCUCUUCCACAACUGCCGCCUCUUCUCCCGCCGCGGCGGCCGGCGAUAGCCCAGCGCUCACGACAGAUCCUUGCAUGUCACUGAGUCCACCAUGCUUUACAGAAGAAGACAGAUUUAGUCUGGAAGCUCUUCAAACAAUACAUAAACAAAUGGAUGAUGACAAAGAUGGUGGAAUUGAAGUAGAGGAAAGUGAUGAAUUCAUCAGAGAAGAUAUGAAAUAUAAAGAUGCUACUAAUAAACACAGCCAUCUGCACAGAGAAGAUAAACAUAUAACAAUUGAGGAUUUGUGGAAACGAUGGAAAACGUCAGAAGUUCACAAUUGGACCCUUGAAGACACUCUUCAGUGGUUGAUAGAGUUUGUUGAACUACCCCAAUAUGAGAAGAAUUUUAGAGACAACAAUGUCAAAGGAACGACACUUCCCAGGAUAGCAGUGCACGAACCUUCAUUUAUGAUCUCCCAGUUGAAAAUCAGUGACCGGAGUCACAGACAAAAACUUCAGCUCAAGGCAUUGGAUGUGGUUUUGUUUGGACCUCUAACACGCCCACCUCAUAACUGGAUGAAAGAUUUUAUCCUCACAGUUUCUAUAGUAAUUGGUGUUGGAGGGUGCUGGUUUGCUUAUACGCAGAAUAAGACAUCAAAAGAACAUGUUGCAAAAAUGAUGAAAGAUUUAGAGAGCCUACAAACUGCAGAGCAAAGUCUAAUGGACUUACAAGAGAGGCUUGAAAAGGCACAGGAAGAAAACAGAAAUGUUGCUGUAGAAAAGCAAAAUUUAGAGCGCAAAAUGAUGGAUGAAAUCAAUUACGCAAAGGAGGAGGCUUGUCGGCUGAGAGAGCUAAGGGAGGGAGCUGAAUGUGAAUUGAGUAGACGUCAGUAUGCAGAACAGGAAUUGGAACAGGUUCGCAUGGCUCUGAAAAAGGCCGAAAAAGAAUUUGAACUGAGAAGCAGCUGGUCUGUUCCAGAUGCACUUCAGAAAUGGCUUCAGUUAACACAUGAAGUUGAAGUGCAAUACUACAAUAUUAAAAGACAAAACGCUGAAAUGCAGCUAGCUAUUGCUAAAGAUGAGGUUGCUGCUUCAUAUCUGAUUCAGGCAGAAAAAAUUAAAAAGAAGAGAAGCACAGUCUUUGGGACUCUGCACGUUGCACACAGCUCCUCCCUAGAUGAGGUAGACCACAAAAUUCUGGAAGCAAAGAAAGCUCUCUCUGAGUUGACAACUUGUUUACGAGAACGACUUUUUCGCUGGCAACAAAUUGAGAAGAUCUGUGGCUUUCAGAUAGCCCAUAACUCAGGACUCCCCAGCCUGACCUCUUCCCUUUAUUCUGAUCACAGCUGGGUGGUGAUGCCCAGAGUCUCCAUUCCACCCUAUCCAAUUGCUGGAGGAGUUGAUGACUUAGAUGAAGACACACCCCCAAUAGUGUCACAAUUUCCUGGGACCAUGGCUAAACCUCCUGGAUCAUUAGCCAGAAGCAGCAGCCUGUGCCGCUCGCGCCGCAGCAUCGUGCCGUCCUCGCCUCAGCCUCAGCGAGCUCAGCUUGCUCCACAUGCCCCCCACCCGUCACACCCCCGGCACCCUCACCACCCCCAGCACACGCCGCACUCCUUGCCUUCCCCUGACCCAGAUAUCCUCUCAGUGUCAAGUUGCCCUGCGCUUUAUCGAAAUGAAGAGGAGGAAGAGGCCAUUUACUUCUCUGCUGAAAAGCAAUGGGAAGUGCCAGACACAGCUUCAGAAUGUGACUCCUUAAAUUCUUCCAUUGGAAGGAAACAGUCUCCUCCUUUAAGCCUCGAGAUAUACCAAACAUUAUCUCCUCGAAAGAUAUCAAGAGAUGAGGUGUCCCUAGAGGACUCCUCCCGAGGGGAUUCGCCUGUAACUGCGGAUGUGUCUUGGGGUUCUCCUGACUGUGUAGGUCUGACAGAAACUAAGAGUAUGAUCUUCAGUCCUGCAAGCAAAGUGUACAAUGGAAUUUUGGAGAAAUCCUGUAGCAUGAACCAGCUUUCCAGUGGCAUCCCGGUGCCUAAACCUCGCCACACAUCGUGUUCCUCAGCUGGCAAUGACAGUAAACCAGUUCAGGAAGCCCCAAGUGUUGCCAGAAUAAGCAGCAUCCCACAUGACCUUUGUCAUAAUGGAGAGAAAAGCAAAAAGUCAUCAAAAAUCAAAAGCCUUUUUAAGAAGAAAUCUAAGUGAACUGGCUGACUUGAUGGAAUCCCAUUCAAAUGGCAUCUGUAAACUAUUAUUCCCCGCCGUCCACCCCCCACUGUUUUUUGGGUUUCUUUUAAUUUUAGGAAUGUAACUCCAUCGGGGCUUUCCAGGCCAGAUGCCAGAGUGGAACGUCCAGGAGGGCAACUGUCUACUGUCUGCUUAUUUAAGUGACUAUAUAUAAUCAGUUCAUCAAGCCAGUUAUUACUGAAAAAUCAUUGAAAUGAGACAGUUUACAGUCAUUUCUGCCUAUUUAUUUCUGCUUUGUUAUUAGUGAUGUAUAUACAACAUUUCAUUGAAAGCCACUAUGGACUUACAAGCUUUAAUGGACUCGUAAGCCAGCAUGGGCUUGCAAAAAUUUCUUGUUUACCAGAGCAUCUUCUUAUCUUUCCACAGAGCUAUUUACAUCCUGGACUAAAUAACUUAUAAGAAGUAAAACUAAUUGCACUACUGUUUUCCAGACUGGAAAAAAAAAAAAAUCUCUGCGAGUGAAACUGUGUAGAGUUUAUAAAAUGACUAUGGAUAGGGGACUGUUUUCACUUUUAGAUCAAAAUGGGUUUUUAAGUAGAACCUAGGGUUUCUAAUUGACUUGAUUUCUGGAAAUGAAAACCCACGCUUUUACUAUGGGAAGCUUCUUUAACUGCUUUUACUAUUGUGAAGUUUCAAGUCCCGCUGUAAAGAUCAUGUUUUGUUUUCCCCAGGGCUUUCACUGUGAUUUACUGCAUUGCAGGCUGUAUGAUAAAAUAUACAUAAUUUAAAGAGAGAAGGCUCUUGAUUCCUUAUGCAAGUGGAAGAGUUGAACCUUGAUUGAAGGACUUAAAACAUUCAUAACCUUAAGCCGAGGUGGGGGAUAUGGGGAUUCAGGCAAUUGUUUACACACUUUGAAUAACCGCAAAGGAUUUAUGGUUUGUGAAAAAUGUGUACUGUGGAAAAGAUAAUAAAUUGGAGACAUUAUUGUGUGGGAUUGUCCUGAUUUUUGUUGAUAACACUCCACAAAAAACACUAUGUUUUCUGGAGAGCUGUGUAAGCUGUCUUGUUGCUUCAUUGCAAUAUAAGAAAUAGUGAUGUUUUGGACGUAAGUUGUCAACAAAUUUCUAUUUUAUAUUGUUUGUCCUAUUUUUAUGUAGUUUGAAAUGUAUAAAUGUUCUAAUAUCAAGAUUAACAAAUAUAAAUUUAUGGUGCAUUUAGAUUGUGUUGUAUUAAUUUAUAAAGUAUGGUGUUCAUUAAAUUGGUGUGUUGUGUAAGGGUAGCUUUUAUUGUUAAAAAGACAGUAGAGAGUUAAGUUCCAUAUAGCAACAAAGUAUGUUAACAUCUAGGGAGUUUGUGCUUAUACCACUUUAAAAAUAUGCAAUCAUAAAUGAUUUGAUUACUGCAAUGCAGAUGGAUGUUUGGAUGAACAACUGAUACAUUUUAGUUAGAAUACUUUUUCAGCAUUAUGGCUAAAAUAUAUGUCUAACCCAGUGCUAUUUAGGUGAAAAUCCUAAUUGAUAAACAAGAAGUUUCUUUUGAGAUUUGCUUCAAAGAAAUGCUUUAGUAAGAAUAUGAACAAUUUCCUGAUGUCUCCUGUAAAUUGUGAUUGUUUAUUCUCUUUAUUACUAUUGUUAAAAACUUGACUGGUAUUUGUAUUGGCUGAUAUUUAUAUAGUUAAUAGAUUGAGUUCUGUAAGGGCAAAAAUUGAUUGAAAUGAACAUAGUGUUUUGCACUAAUGAUAAGGUAAGAUAACCUGAGAGGUAGGGUUGAGGAACACAGGGUGGAAAGCGCAUAAAGAACUGAAAAGGGUUCUGGAGUGUUUACGCAGAGUGAAGGGAAAAACCUUAACCUUCUUUUUCUUAUAACCAGACAGGAGGCGUUCUUCCCUUUGAAAAUUGCAAAAGGAAUGAGAACCUUGCAGUUGGAUGAAUAGAAAAGGGAGAAGUUGCCAGAGCACGGAGUGAAGAUGGGAGGAGCUGCCAGCAAGGCCCACUGCUGCUCCUGGCUUAGAAGGGAGCUCUGGAGCAGAACCAGCUGGGGGCCGGCACUGCUGCUUAGAGUGGAGGAGGCUGGCCGAAGGGACUGUGGGCCGUUUUUAGGCAGGGAGCGCGUGCAUUGUUUGUGCUCAAUUUCAGACAUUCAUUUAUAAACAAAUUCAACCAAGGGAUAUUUACUGCUUUAUGUUGCUUGUGAUAAUUAUUUUGCAUUAAUGGAGUAUACACAUUUGUAAAUUCAACAGGAAAUAAUUGAGUUUUGGAAAGCUACAGUAAUUUCUGUGUUACAUCAUUUAUAUGUGAAAAGUUGGGCAUUUCUAUAAGUUUUUUAAAUUAUCCAUUUGUUACUUUAACAUUUUAAAAUUAUGGUGUUUUCCGGAUUUUAAAAGUAAUAUUUUCCUUACUGUAAAAAAAAAAAAAAAAAAAAAAAAAGUCGAUGAUAGAAAAGUAUAAAGAAGAAAAUAGCAAGCAGGUCAAAUACUGCUACCCCAAAUAAUCACUUUUAAUAUUUUAGUAUGCUUUCUGCUAGAUCUUUUUCUACAUAUUGAUGUAUAUUUUACAUAAUUGAAAUCAUACUAUAUAUUCAAUUUUAUAUCAUGCUUUUUCACUUAAUAUAAGCAUUAUCCCAACAUCAUUAAAAAACUCUUCAUGAGCAACAUUUUAAUGACUGUAUACUAAUACGCUAUUGUAUGGAUUUACCAGAAUCUUUUGAAGUAUUCUGUCAUUAAACAUUUGGCUGUUUCUAAA